AGGCUGAGGAGAAAAGCGCGACGGGCACCUCUCCAAACCAGCCUCUUGAACAGGGAAUGCGCGAAGGAGAAAGCGAAGGCGUAAAGGCAGAGGAAGGCUCCAGAGGAGGCACACAUUCCUUGUUGCGGGCUGAACCCUGCCCUGAGAAUAUUCGCUUAGCUCCUAGUUCCUUACCUCCCCUCUCGGGGCCCUAAUCCCCCCCUAACAGGGGAAAGGUUGGGGCAGGACAGGAAAAAGGAUCAAAGCUUGUAGCGCUCCCAGCUCGAGUAGCUUGGUUCUUCCGAACCAACUGGAGCGGGAGGAAUCUGAUCGAGGUCACUGAGGGUCUUUUGGGGUUGGGGCUCCGUUGGGGAUCUUACAGUCUGCUCCCGCCUCCAGGGCCAUUCAAGGUCACGGGGUGGGGUUCUGAGCCCUGCCUUAGAAGUGUCCCUUCGGAAAUGUUCUGGAUUAUAUACACCGGGCGCACAAUUGUCCCCUUCUUCCUGCACCUUCGUUUCUUGGGUCUCUUUGGACCAGUCUGUCGGCGUCCAGGCAGAGGAAGGAGUGCGAGCAGCGCGGGUUCUCCAGAGACCUGUUUACUCCCGGGCACCACCCGGCGGUGGCUAGUUCCAGCUCGCCCCGCCUUUUACCUUCCUACAGCUGCCUUCCAAACCUCACCUCCUCCUCCUCUUUCUCUUCCUCCUCCUCCUCCUCUCCCUCGUAAUAAAAGCAUCAGUUACCAGCCUCUCCGCUGUUUUCUCUCUCCAGCCAGCCUAGGUGUGCUGUCCUUUGGAUGCAUUGGCUCGGGCGAGGAAGAGGAGGGUGCUGAAGGGGCGGGCAAGAAGGCUGCGCAGAUAUAGAUACACUGUGGGGCCGUGCCCUGUCCGAAAGGGAAGUGCUGGACUGACAGGCGAGGAGGCAGAAGCUAAAAACAUUUGGCGUGCAAAAAGCGAUUCUCCGUCCCUCGGGCUGUUCCCUGGGCUGCAGCCCCCGGAGCUCUCAGUCUCCUGAGCACCAGGGGGUGGAGCAGUCCUGCCCUAGUCUGGGUGUUCAGAGCUCUCAAGGACUGGCGGCAUUCACGACUCAAGUGGCAGAGUACCCUUUCCCCUGGUGAGAAGGGGCACUUCUGCAAUGUCCCCAGCCACUGCUCCUGAGCCUGGUGGGGAUGUGAGUGGAAGGCGCAUCAGCAAAAUCAUUUUUUUCCUUUUUGUGUUUGGAGUUGUCUUGCUUUGUGCAGGAGUCUUGCUUUCCAUCUUUGGUUUCCAAACUUGCCAAUAUGAAACUCUUAUUGACUGCAGUGCCGUACUGAAAAUUGUGGGGCCUUCAUGUGCCGUGAUUGGCCUCGGAACAAUCAUAUUGGCCCGAUCCAGGGCAAAACUUCAGCUCAGAGAGAGGCAGCUGCAAGGCAACCAAGUUGACCCGGACAGCUUCUUUCUUUGUGGAGAAAGUCGCCAGUUUGCCCAGUUCCUCAUCUUUGGAUUCUUGUUUUUAACCAGUGGGAUGCUGAUUAGUGUUCUGGGCAUUUGGGUUCCUGGAUGUAACCCAGGAUGGCCCCAGCCACCAUUUAAUGACACGGAUGCUUCUAGUACCGAGCCACAGGCAUGUGGGUUUCUGUCUCUCCAGAUAAUGGGGCCUUUGAUAGUGCUCAUUGGAUUAUGUUUCUUUGUGGUGGCACAUAUUAAGAAAAGACACGACUUGAGUUCUAGCCAAGACUCCUCAGAAAGUGAAGAAAGGCGGUCACAGAACAAUGAGCCGGUACAAGUCACUGUAGGUGAUGCUGUGAUCAUCUUUCCUCCCCCACCUCCACCUUAUUUUUCGGAUGCUUCAACAUCUGCAGUGGCAACACAUAACUCUGCAUCUAAUAAUUUGCCUCCGAGUGAGAACCCACCAUCAUAUUACAGUAUUUUUAAUUAUGGGACCCAAACUUCUGAGGGUGACGGAGCAGUCUCUUAUAGAGAUCCUGAAUCCAUAUAUACCAUUUCUGGGACAAAUUUAUCCUCUGAGACAACACUGGCCUCACAUAUUUCAUCUGAAUUACCUCCCAGAUAUGAAGAAAAAGAAACUGUGAAUGUCGAUCAUCCCACUUCUUCAUCUUCUCAGCCUUCCCCACCAUGAACUAUGAACUAAGUUCACUUUUCUAAGUUCUUGUUUAUGUCUGAUCAUACGUUUAUUUAAUUUUUUUUAUAAUAAAAACAUACAACAACA